UGAGCGCAUGCGCUUUGGCAGCAGGCUGGGAAGACAUGGAGAACUGUUUGGCGGCCGCAGCGCUGAACGGGGUGGACCGACGUUCCCUGCAGCGCUCGGCUAGGCUGGGUCGAGAAGUGCUGGAGCGGGCCAAGAGGAGGGCGGUGGACUGGCAGUCGCUGGAGUGUCCCAGAGGCAGCUUGGGGGUCUUUUCCCGGGAGAUGCCCUACCAGGAAAGACGGCCGGCAGCCGGCCCCCAGCGCCGUCUCCCAGGAGAGAGAGAAGAGAGACACCCAACCCUUAGUGCUUCCUUCAGGACAAUGGCUGAAUUCAUGGACUAUACUUCAAGUCAGUGUGGGAAAUAUUAUUCAUCUGUGCCAGAGGAAGGAGGGGCAACCCAUGUCUAUCGUUAUCACAGAGGGAAGUCGGGGCUGCACACGUUCUCAGACACAGAGACUGGUCAGGGAAAAGACAGAGAAAGAACAUCCCUUCAUCCUGGAGGCGCCUAUCAAAUAUCAGAGCAUGUUCCGGAGGUGUCCCAGCCUGCUGAGAACAUCUCUAAGGAUCUCUACAUAGAAGUAUAUCCAGGGACCUAUUCUGUCACUGUGGGCUCAAAUGACUUAACCAAGAAGACUCACGUGGUAGCAGUCGAUUCUGGACAAAGUGUGGACUUGGUCUUCCCUGUAUGAUGUUGACCAUCACUGCCAUCACAUCGCCCUUUUUUUAAGUAGCAAGAAGAAUAAAGCCACUUUAUGAUUCUCUUAAUAG